UCAACCGUUGGAUCUCUUAUGCAUGUGGUCCCCGCCCAACGAACUUAAAACUAACCGCGCGCCGUUCUGACACAAUUGGAUCCAUUAUCAAAUUAGUCACUACGUACACUUACACUGAGCAUCUGACAGAUCUUAUACUGAAUCUUCUGGAACAUUCAACAAAGACCAGAACUAUUCCUCUGGAACCUUCGAGGUCAAUGGCUGAGACUCGGAGAUCCACCGGCACAGUAAAAUGGUUCAGUGCCCAGAAAGGCUUCGGUUUUAUAGCGCCAGAUGAAGGUGGCGAAGACCUUUUCGUCCAUCAAACCUCAAUUCGAUCCGAGGGUUUCAGGACUCUCGCCGAAGGCCAACCUGUUGUAUUUGCCGUUGAUUUUGGAGAGAACGGCCGUUCGAAAGCCGUUGACGUGGAGGCCGCUUCCAGAUCCCACCGUCCGGGAAAUCACGGCGGGAGAGGCGGAGGGUUUUUCGGCGGAAGGGGCAGAGGAGGUGGUUAUGGUAGAGGUGGGAGAGGAGGUCGUUUCGGUGGCGGCGGCGCGUGUUUUAAUUGUGGAAGAAUGGGGCAUUUAGCUAGGGAUUGUUAUAGCGGCAGUGGUGGUGGUGGACGAGGUCGUGGAUAUGGUGGAGGCCGCGGCGGUGGAAGAGGAGGCGGAGGAGGACGGUGUUAUAAUUGUGGGGAGGAAGGGCAUUUUGCGAGAGAUUGUCCGAAUUAUGAACAAAAGUGAGAGAUGAAGAAUGAGAAGUUGUUAAUUUUCGUGGCCAAUUGUUUCGGUUUUUGCUUUGGUCUAUGUUACAAGGAGAUUUGGUAAUUUUAGAGGUCUGCGGAAAGUGCAUCAAAAUAUACAAAUAAGCUCAUCUUAUCCAUUUCCCUUACAAGGAAUGAGGACCAAGUCAUAUGGUUAUGGUGGGCCUUGCAUUCUUAUAUAUCCUUAUCUGUGUUUAGUAGCUGAUGAGAGGCUGGUAUUAAAUGGAGCAGGAAACGGGAACUGUAGCAUGUUACAGCUAAUAUGUUGACUUAAAUUGUUGAACUUGAUAACCCCAAGAAGAAGACAGGGCCCAGGGCUUCCUUGGUCAUGCAGUUUUGUUUAAGGCUUUACCAUGUGUUAUCUUCGGUCUCACCAACUGUUUAAGAAACAUGUUCAGCUGUGUUAAAUUGGUUGAUUUCCGUUCAAUUUCCCAUUCU